GGAACAUCUUGGUGUUCCCACAGAACGACUGAAGGAGGUGGCCGGGGAGAGGGAGGUCUAGGCUUCCUUGCUUAGGCUGCUGCCCCUGUGACACAGCCCCGGAUCUGGACUGAGGCAGGAUCUCAAGUAUUCUACUCCUACAGCCUGACAAUGGGGACUCUGAACGUUCUGGGCAAUGAUUACAACAAUAACUGUUAUAAAGACUGCUUUUGGCUGUGUCUGCUGAACAGUGGAACCAGUUUUGUUGCUGGGUUUGUUGUCUUCUCUGUACUGGGAUUCAUGGCAGAGAAACAGGGUGUAACUGUGGAUGCUGUGGCUGAGUCAGGUCCAGGUCUGGCCUUCAUUGCUUACCCUCAGGCUACAGCGAUGAUGCCUUUGCCACAGUUUUGGACCGUCUGCUUUUUCCUGAUGCUCAUUCUGCUCAGUGUCGACACACAUUUUGUGACAGUAGAGAGUGUCAUCACCUCCAUCAGUGACUUGUUUCCGACGUUGUUUCGUGCUCCGGUGAGGCAUGAGAUCUUUGUCCUUAUCUUCUGUUCAGCCUUCUUUCUCGUUCAUCUGACCAUUCUCACCGAGGGAGGAAUAUACAUAUUCCAGUUUACUGAUUACUACGGUUGCACCAGAGCUUGUCAGGAUUUAUCUUGCAGGUUAAAGCCAGGUGAUUGGGUCCUGAUUCGAGUUCUCCAUAGAAAGAAUUGGAGCUCGCCCCGCUGGGAAGGUCCCUACCAAGUGCUCAUCACCAAGCUCAUCUACCAUCUACUCGCUUAA